AUGGUUAACAUUGCAGUAGCAGGUGGCAUUGGUAGUGUGGGAAAGACGAUCGUCGACGUCUUGAUUCAAGACGCCAGGCACAACGUCACGAUACUUUCGAGCCAGCCUCGGGAAAACUUCCCUGUUCCAGUCAUAGCAGUCAAUUAUCAGGAUCCUGAAGCGCUCAAGGAUAUCCUAGAGGCAAAUGAGAUCCACACGGUCAUCUCCGCCCAGUCCAUGAGAGUUGAGACUGCUUCCAGAGCCCAGAUAAACCUCAUCAGGGCUGCUGCUGCGGCGAAGCCCACCCAACGGUUCAUUGCAAGCGAAUGGGGUACUUUGACACCACCAGAUGCUCCGUCGUACAUGCCUCACAUAGCCUACCGCCUUGCCGCUUAUGAAGAACUCAGCAAGACCGACUUGGAAUGGACGCGCGUUUACAACGGCUUCUUCCUGGACUACUACGCGCAGCCGCACGUAAGAUCUCAUCAGGUCCGCCUGCCAUUCGCCAUCGACGUCGAAAACAAGGUCGCCGCGAUUCCUGGUACCGGGGAUGAGAUUGCGACAUUCACGUACACUUACGACAUUGCUCGGUUCGUGAGCGCGCUGAUGGAUCUGCCGGCCGGGGGAUGGCCGGAAAAGAGCAUCGUGAUCGGGGACAAGCUCAGCUUCAACGAGCUUCUGAAACUGGCCGAGGAGGCACGUGGCUGCAAAUUCGAAGUCCACUACGAUUCGCUAGAGAAGCUGCAAGAGCUUCAGGUGACAGAGCUCCCCGGGCACAAGCAUCUUUAUCCGUAUACACCCAAGGAGCAACUACAGCGGUUGUUUGCGAUUUUCUUUCAGUGGGCAGUGGGGGGACACUUUGACCUGCCGUACGAGCAGUCUUUGAACGCAAGAUUCCCAGAAAUCAAGACUGUCAAGGCCAAGGAGAUGCUUGAGGAGGCCUGGAAGGGGAAAUAA